AUUCUCAGUUCAUUUAAAGAUUUCAAACAAAUUACAGAAUAAAAUAAAAAGUUAACAGAAGAGAAAGAAAAAGUUCGAAACAAUGAAAUUUGUGUUGAUUUUUGCUGUCGCUUAUUGCGCCAUGCUUGUUGAAGCUUCACCAGUAUCGCGUAUUGAUUCAGAAAAGUUGAAAGAUAUCGACAAAGAAUAUCUUUAUAAGAUAUUGAAAGCUUUGGGAGACAAAAUUAAAGACAUGGACAUACCAUCGCUGACAAACGUUAUUUCGGCGCCUAUCUACUGCGAGGAAGGAUUCAGAUAUUAUAAUGGUCAAUGUCGAAAGAUUAUAGGAAGAGAUGACAUAGGAUUACCAUUUUAAUUACUACAAGAGACUUCUUUUAGUAAUCACGAAAACAUUAUUCUGAAUAUUAAAUAUUAGAUUAGAAUAAUCCUUGUACUUGUGAGUCAUAUAAGGUUUAAACGUGAUGAACUUAAAUACAAAAUUGGAAAACCCAAAACGCAAACCUUUUAAGUAUUAAAGAUUAAGCUGGCGAUUAUCAUUGGUGGAUUUGAUAUCUCGAUUGCAAAAAAAAAAACGAAACAAAAAUUUCUUCUUCUUGCCAAAAUAUAUUUCGACUUAUAAGCUCUUGAUGUGUAUUAAGAUAUGAAAUUAUUUGUCUAUAAAGUUCACAUAAUAAAAUUUUAUGUUGUGACGCGUCACUAAGUUUA